UUUGUGCCCGUCAAGCUCGAUAAUGAAUUCAAAAAGAUUUUCUUACGGACUGUAGUGUUUUGGAUGCCUUAAUAGGUAUGAUAAAACACUCAAUGUAUGUCACAACUUGCACUUGACAUUUAGAAGUUGACUCCAAAACCUACAACGUCCAGUUCGUCAAUUGGGAUAUAAAUAAGGUGUAUUUCUAGUUGAUUUUAUCGUUUUUCUUUGGAGCGAUACAUUGGAUGCUGUGGGUGAGUAACGUAUUGAAAUUUCCUUUAUAUCAAAGUAAACCAGUCUAAAUGGGACUAAAGAUUUAGGGAGUAUUUGUAACCAUCAUGUUAGUGGGUAAGAAUUGUUGUUAGGUAAUACUUAAGCUCAGUCUAUAUAUCUUCGUGACUGCUGGGUAUUGUGGUUUUUAUUUAUGUGAUCUGAAGAAUUGUUUUAAAAGUUGUCACGCAGCUGCUUUAAGUAUUUGUAAAGAACACUUCUUACCUUACUCUUUCGUAUGGUACUCGUAUUUUUGCUAUAUUUUCUAUUUCUACAUUUAACGACAUACAACUUUUGGCUCUACCUAAAUUAUUUGACUAAUCUAAACGACCCCACCACAAUCAGCAAAGUGAAUCAAUGUAGGGGGCUUUAGAUCACUAUAAUAUGGUAGGAUAUAUUUUGCUUUCUCCUUGUAGUUUCCAAACUUACCUCCUUUUGUUCUUUUCAUAAUAGGAUGGAUAUUCAUUGUGAAAUGAAUCAAGACGGCGAUACCAGUUAUCCGAAUUCGUACUCUAAAGAAGUUGAGGAAGCGCUUUCCCGGCUUAAUUUAAAAUCAGACAGUUUAGACGAUCCUAAUUUUAAUGUUAUUUCUUAUAUUAAUGAGGUUAACUUACUACAAAAUGCUUAUGACAUAUUUUUUAGAGAUUUCCCAGCGAACAGUCACUGGCAAAUAUAGAUGAGUUGAUAGCUGAAGCGGAAGAAAAAAUUCGUGAACUAGACGAUGAAACUAGAGACCUACUACGUGGUCGCUGGCAAACAGAGGACAAAGGACAAGAGAUUGUUCAGGAUGCAAAAGAUAUGAUAAAAGUACUAUUCUCUAGAAUACAGGAUGUUCAAGAUCGAGCUACUAGAUCAGAAGAAAUGGUACAAGACAUCACUCGGGAUAUACAGCAACUUGAUCAAGCUAAGCGUAACCUAACUGUUUCCAUAACUGCCCUCAAUAAUUUAAUUCUUAUCGUGAACGCCAUUGAUCGUCUGAACGAAUUACUUGGAAUACAAAGUUCAGUGAAUGAUCCAAUGUUUUUUGCGAAGAGCAAUGACACAAAUGUCAGUGCUCAGAAUCCAUUUUUAGAAGUUGACCCUGAAUCCUGGAUGAAUGAAAACCAUCCACCUGAAAAAACAAAGUUUCAAAGAUUUGUGCCAUCUUUUUUGGCCGAAAUAUCAAAUUUACUAGCCCAAGUUCAACGCUUAUUACAACCUAUGCUGUCGGCCUAUGGUUCAGUGUCAUCUGUGGCCGGAUUAUCUCGAGAAUUGGAUUCCAUUCAUUCAGUCCUUGCAGAUCGUUUGACUAAGGAACUCAAACUGUUACUAUCAGCUACUCGAACAGUUACAGAUAACAAGGAACUGAUUUUAUCAGCCUGCGAACUAGUUGACUUACUCCCUAAGAGUUUUCAUCUUGAUUCGGAUAUUGUAAAUUGGUUUAUCUCUCAUCAUCUAACUGAGUAUAAGGAGCUAUUCGAUCCAACACAGACUACUGCUUGGUUGGAUAAAAUUGAUCAGCGAUACAACUGGCUGAGAAUUAAUUUGGUCCCCUUAGAACGUUUAUUUAUUUCAGUGUUUCCUCCCUCUUGGUUGGUGACUGAAAGAUUUGUUUUGGAGUUUUGUCAUAUUACACGUGGUGGCUUAGAAACUGUUAUGAAACGACGUCAGUCGGAACUUACCCAUAAUCUAAUUGUUUUCGCAUUGCAACGCACCUUAUCCUUCGAGGCCAGUUUGAAUAAAGCAUAUACGUCUGAAGCGCUAGAAGAAUUACAAUCUAUGAUAGCCAGCGGUAAGAGUAUGGAGCGUUCAUCUAAUCCAUUCGAUGAUGAUGAUGAGGAAGAUGGUUUGGAUGAUGCACAAUCUAAAAAUCCUGCAGAGACUAAGAGUGAUGAUUCAUCAACAAAUGGUUCUAAACACAAUUGGAAAAAGCAGAUUUUUGAUGGAAUUAUAUCUGGCUGUUUCGACCAAUUCUUCGACCUCUAUUUGGUUCAUUUGGAUAAAGGUCUGAGAGAACAAAUGACAAAUCGUUUAAUUGGUGAUUUCACUGUUAAUAAAUCAAGUUUGGAGAACAGAGAUCUUGGAGAUGUGUUCAGAGAUGACAAUCCAUUUGACACUGUACAAAGCAAAGCAAAUCCCAAUGAUCCUGGCGAGAAUACUCUAUAUUCUGCUACAGAUUUAUUCUUGUUCUACAAACAAAUCUUGAAACAAACUCUCCAGUUGAAUCGUGGUCAUGGUUUGUUAGGACUUGUACGUCUUUUAAGGCAGUAUUUGUCUGAAUACACGGUUCGUGUGCUCUUGGCUCAAAUUCCAGGCUUAGCGAUUACCAAUACAAGUGGAACUAACGUUGGUUUAUCUGCUCCGGAUGUUGCGGCGAAGAUGGCGGCAUUCGGUUUAAGCAGUCUUUCAGCUCUUGGACUUGGUCGUGGUCAAACAGGACUCGGUGCAGCUCUAGAAAAUAUUAAGACACAAACAAAGUCUAGUUCUGCUCAAUCUGAUCUGAUAAGUUCAUCAAGCAACCAGGUGAUUAACAAUUUACUUCGUGAUGAUGUACAAGGAGUUCGACUGAGUAAGGAUGAUGUCUACAAGGUGUGUGUCAUACUUGUUACAGCAGCAUUUUGUCUGAAGACUGUUGAGGAUUUGGAGAAGCGUCUAAAACAUGAAAUCAGACCACCUAGCUGGGGUUCAAAAAUAUCAUUUGCUUCUGAACUUGAUGGUUUAGCAACUUGUAGAUCUGUUUGUGUCCACCGCCUGGUUGCAGACUUGGAAGCUGGUGUUGAACCUCAGCUAGUCGCUAUGGCACGUUUACCUUGGAAUAAUCUUGUACAAGUUGGAGACCAAAGCGCCUAUGUUACAGCCAUUGUAAAUCAUCUUCGCACUCAAAUCCCAUUAAUACGAGAAACAUUGUACACCGUCAGGCCAGCUUUCACUCAAAUAUGUAUAAAAUUUGCUGAUGCAUUGAUUGCGAGAUUCGUUAAUGCCUUAUAUCGUUGCAAACCGGUCAAUACUUUUGGAGCUGAACAGCUUUUAUUGGAUACCCAAUCGUUAAAGGCUUCUCUUCUUCAAAUGCCUCUUCUUGGAGCUAAGUUUACUCAGACACCUCCACGAAGCUUUACAAAUCUAGUCCAUGAAGGUAUGGGGAAGGCGGAACGUAUAAUCAAAGCAGUUAUGUUACCAGUCGGUGUCGCUACACCAGGAAAACAAGAGUCGGCAACUCCUCCAAGUGGAUUUGUAAUGGGUCCAGUUGAUACAAAUGCAGCUAAUGUAUUUUUAGCUAGUUACGAACAAUUAUUACCUGAUCUAACUCAAACUGAUCUACAAAAUGUUUUGGAUAUGAAAGGUGUGAAAUUCAGUGAACAACAGUUAAUUUUAGAAAUAUUUCGUAGUAGAAAUGAAUUUAAGUCAACGAUGAAAGAAAAAACACCUGAAGUAACGUUAUUUUGUUCUAUUGCAGAUACUGCUAUCACUACUAGCACUAUUAUUAGUACUGCGAUUAGUAACGUAGCUUUGACGGGGAUAACGACAGUUACCACGACCACCACUGCUCUUACGAGUUCUUUUGUAGCCACACCGAACUCUCCAAAUAAUCAGCAUCAAAAAUCGAAGCAGCCUGUAUCGAUCUCAAUGAAUCCCUUCGAUUCAUCUUCACCAAUAGAAGAGCGCGAGCAAAUAACAGAUAGGAAAGGAAGAAUAGAAAAGUUAUUGAAUAAAAGACGAUAAGACUAUUACCAAAUUGUAAUUGUUGAAUGUUAAUUUUAAUGAAUAAUUGGUAUCUUUAUUGUCGCUUUAAUUUCGUUUAUUUUUUUCUCUACUCGGUCGAGUUUAUUCUAUUCCUUCUCCGUUUUGCUAUGUUGAAGCUUCGCUUGUCAAAUUAACUUUUCUGUUGGUGUGUACAAUUUACAUUCUCUCUCUCUAUUAUAUAUAUAUAUAUAUAUAUAUAUAUAUAUAUAUAUAUAUAUAUAUAUAUAUUUGUUUCAUUACUUACUAGCUAUAUUGUGAUAAAAUGUUUGUAGGAAACUUUCUCUGUAUUUCUGUUUCUGUAACCUUAUGGUAUGGAUUGAAAUACCAGUUUGUUUUCUGACAAUUUUCUCAAGAAUAUCAUGAUACAUAUCUAUUUAGUGCAUCAGUUUUUAUGGUACUGUUAAAUUGGUUACUAAUGCUUAUUUUACUGUGCUAAAUAAAAACCAACAUUACAAGGUGAUUUUUGCUGGUCAUUCACUUAACUUUAUUUUAACCUUUAUUAGCUGAAGUUGCAUCAACAUUGGUCUAUAUGGUUGUGCUAGAGCACUGGUUUCUUCACAUCUUGUAGAAUAUUCUCAUAUGUCCUGGUAAAUGUCGUUCAGUUUAAUAAUAACUAACUGAAGAACUAUGAAAUCAGGUGACACACCAUACUUCUGUUUAAAAUAGAAUACUUCGCACAACUGAUUUCCUUUGUUUUCACAGGUUAUAAGGGGAAAUCCGAAAUCUCCUAACCAGCAUAAAAAUGUGCUAUGUAGUUGUGUC